GAGAAAGGGUCCUGGGCUACGCGGAGGAGCCUUGCUACCUGUGGUUCGUCAUGGAGUUCUGUGAAGGGGGCGACCUCAACCAGUACGUGCUGUCGCGGAGACCCGACCCCGCCACCAACCGCAGCUUCAUGCUGCAGCUGACCAGCGCCAUCGCCUUCCUGCACAAGAACCACAUCGUCCACCGCGACCUGAAGCCGGACAACAUCCUCAUCACUGAGAAAUCGGGCACCCCCGUGCUGAAAGUGGCGGAUUUCGGGCUGAGCAAGGUGUGCGCCGGCCUGACGGCUCGGGGCAAGGAAGGAGGGCAGGAGAACAGGACUGUGAAUGUGAACAAGUACUGGCUGUCUUCGGCCUGCGGCUCCGAUUUCUACAUGGCGCCUGAGGUUUGGGAGGGCCACUACACCGCCAAGGCCGACAUCUUCGCCCUCGGCAUCAUCAUCUGGGCCAUGAUCGAGAGGAUCACCUUCAUCGACGCCGAGACCAAGAAGGAGCUGCUGGGGACCUACAUCAAGCAGGGCACCGAGAUCGUGCCCGUCGGCGAAGCGCUGCUAGAAAACCCAAAGAUGGAGCUGCACAUCCCUCAGAAACGCAGGACUUCCAUGUCUGAGGGCAUCAAGCAGCUCUUGAAAGACAUGUUGGCUGCUAACCCGCAGGAUCGCCCCGAUGCCUUCGAGCUGGAGACCAGAAUGGACCAGGUUACGUGUGCUGCUUAA